GGAUGGUGAAGAAGAUCCACUCGUUAACACAAAGCACCACAUCAGCACCAAGAGCCAUAACGGCCUCAAACCAACAACCCCUUCGGAAACCAAGCCCAAGGAUAAAAAUAAAAACAAAAAGGGAAAAAUUCUCAACCGACAAAGAGAAAGAUGCUAGGCAGAACAGUUGUGGCCUAUUCCUUUGUUUCAGUGCCUGCUGUUUUUCCUACAAUCCCCAAAUUCUUGGGCCUUAAAAGGCUCUCUUUCAAUUCUUUUUCUAUAGCUAACGCAAAAUGGAACUGGAAUUUUAAGUUAUAUAAUAGAAAGAGUAGUACCGCUUUAAGAAAGGAGACCAGAGCAUCAGCUCAGCCUUUGAAGAACGCUGAUGAGCUCAUUUACUCCGUCGAGACCUUCAUCUUUGAUUGUGACGGAGUUAUUUGGAAAGGUGAUAAAUUGAUAGAUGGUGUCCCUCAGACUCUGGAUAUGCUUCGUUCAAGGGGCAAGAGAUUAGUUUUUGUUACCAACAACUCCACAAAGUCUAGGAAACAAUAUGGUAAGAAGUUUGAGACGCUUGGUCUGAACGUCACUGAGGAGGAAAUUUUUGCUUCCUCUUUCGCUGCUGCUGCAUACUUGAAGUCCAUUAAUUUUCCAAAGGAAAAAAAGGUUUAUGUGAUAGGUGAGGAUGGCAUCUUGAAGGAGCUCGAACUUGCUGGAUUUCAAUACCUUGGUGGGCCAGAAGAUGGUGGGAAAAAGAUAGAACUGAAGCCUGGGUUUCUAAUGGAGCAUGAUAAGGAUGUUGGAGCAGUUGUGGUUGGAUUUGAUCGUUAUUUCAACUACUACAAAGUACAGUAUGGAACACUAUGUGUAAGGGAAAACCCAGGGUGCCUCUUCAUUGCCACGAAUCGUGAUGCUGUCACUCAUCUCACAGAUGCUCAGGAAUGGGCAGGUGGUGGUUCUAUGGUUGGUGCAAUUGCUGGAUCAUCGCAGCGUGAACCACUGGUUGUUGGAAAGCCCUCAACUUUUAUGAUGGAUUACUUAGCAAACAAAUUCGGGAUUCUCAAGUCGCAGAUAUGCAUGGUUGGGGAUAGAUUGGAUACUGAUAUUCUGUUUGGACAAAAUGGUGGUUGCAAAACUCUUCUUGUUCUCUCAGGUGUGACUACAUUAUCAAUGCUUCAGGACCCCAGUAACUCCAUCCAACCAGAUUUCUACACAAACAAAAUUUCUGAUUUUCUCUCUCUCAAAGCAGCAACUGCAUGAGCGUGUCUAAACAUUUUACGCUGUCAUUUUGCCAAUUAUAAUUGCAGAUAUACAUCUCUUGGUUUCCAUCCAGAAAUUAGAAAUAAAGGAUGUUAAAUUUUGUGGAA